ACUGUGACUGUACGCUUGGGUAUGAUGGGAAACACUGUCAGAAAGAAUGUGGGAAUUAUUGCUUAAACACUGUCACUGAAUCUAUUGAGAUCCCCCAGUUCACUGGACGCAGCUAUCUGACAUAUGACAACAGAGAUAUCCUCAAAAGGGUAUCAGGUUCCAGAACAAACAUGUUCAUGCGUUUUAAGAGCACAUCUAAAGAUGGUCUUUUACUGUGGCGGGGGGACAGUCCAAUGAGAGCCAACAGUGACUACCUGUCUCUCGGCCUUCAAGACGGGGCGCUCAUUUUCAGUUAUAAUCUUGGUAGCGGAGCUGCCACUGUGGUCAUUAAUGGCACAUUUAGUGAUGGCAAAUGGCACAGAGUGAAGGCUGUCAGGGAUGGACAGUUUGGUAAACUAACCGUUGAUGAUUAUGGAGCUAAAACGGGCCGAUCUCCUGGAAAGAUGAGACAGCUGAACAUCAAUGGUGACCUUUACAUUGGGGGGAUGAAGGAGAUCGCCUUGCACACUAACAGGCAGUACAUGCGAGGUUUAGUGGGAUGCAUUUCUCAUUUCACUCUGGCCACAGACUACCAUCUGUCUCUGGUUGAUGAUGCAGCCGACGGCAAGAACAUCAACACCUGCACCAACUGAACACCCGAAAAACACCAGUAUCUGUGAUCCAAGAACAACAUCAUCAAAAUAACAACAAUAUCAGGAACACCAACAUCACUGACCUCAGCUGAGAAGCAACAAAUACAUUUGCAAUUGCAGCCAAAAUUAAUAUAUGCCCCAUUCAACCCUUCAAAACGAUCCUAGUUAGUCAACAGUAAGCUACAGUAUAAUGUAAUAAAAGAGCCAAACUUACAGCAUUUAGCUUGGAACAUUGUACAUGUGGUGAGAUGAGGAUGAAAGUGUUUUCUUCCAUUAUAUACCAAAUUCCUGCACCAACGGCAAGAGUUGGGCUUUUGUUGUUUAAUAGUGUAAUAUUAAUCAGUGUAAUAACAAAACGGUUUUCAAACAUGUAGUUGAAUCACAGUAAAUAAAUGUUUUAAUAUUUCAUAAGCGAGCAUGCUUUUAUUUGAAGGCAAGCCCAGCUCACAGGUUGUUUGUCCAUCAUGCAACAUUUGAUCUUUUACAGUAACAACUAAACAUAUUUAUAAGCCAAACUGUGUAUGUUUUCAAAUCUACAAGCCCUUUUUAUGGCACUUACUGUAUGAUUCUGCAACCAGUUCUUGUCCCCAGUCAGAUGGGUCCUCUUGUAUUAUUCUCUUCAAGGGCAAAGGUGAUGGAGAGAUGUAUUUAUAUAAUUCAUUUUUUUUUUUAAACCAUUAAUUUUGAAUCAGUAUUUAGACUGAUGAAUUUAUAGAUGAAGAUUGUUUAUGAUGAGUAGCUGUCGUGUAGUGUAGUAAACGUCUCUCUCGUGAGGUAAUGUUUGCAGUGUGAGUUUUUAGUGGUGGAAGGACAAAGUGAUGUGAUUUUUCUUUUGUAUCAGAGGGUUUUCUUUAACGUCUCUGCCACUCUUUUCCUUCUGGCUACAAACUGGUAGGAAUCCCAAAGACUCUUUUAUAGCUUCUAUAGCUGUUUAUUUAUUUUUGUUCAUGUAAGUUAAAGGAUGUCUGGAAAAAAAAUCUCUUCAUUUUUCUGCCUUGAUGUUUUAAAAGCCUAUCAUUUUGCCAUCAAAAAUGUGACUUAUUGCUUUCAUUGAUUUCAUUAAAUAAAAAG